AAUGGUUUCCUUCCAUUGCUCCAUUAAUAUCUGCUGAAGAAAAGAUUGAAUGGUUUGGGGACGAACGUGACGAGGACCGGGAUGAGACUCGAGGCCUCAGAGAUAUUUACUAUCGGGAAGUAAAAGAACAUAAGCCUGCUUUGCAUGAGCAAAUGCAGAUGCUGUUACAUUUUAUCGACCGCUGGCAUUCAUUUCGAUUGAUCCUCGACGAUGCCAGCGUGAUGCAAGGCUUCAUCAAAUACUUUUCCAGCCUUGCCGCACCGAAGCUGGCCGCCGUCGAUCUACGGUAAAUCGAGCCUCUUGAAGUUUCUGACCUCGGUAUAAACGCCGGUCUUCCAAACGACGGUGUUACUCUGUUUGGUGGAAUCAAGGAUUCACCGAAUAUCAGAUCGCUUCACCUCGACGGCGUCAAAUUGGGCCUUCCCCUGCCGUCCCUUCGUCCACUGACCACCCUUGGUCUUCAUAACCUCGGUUCAAAUAAAAUGCCCCGACUCGCCAAGCUGAUUAAUGCGCUGCACGAGCUCCCCAACUUACGUCGACUAUACAUAAAUUCCUUCGAGCCCAUGGACGACGACAUGCCUCCAAAUCUUCGGGAUGUCGAGGGCCUCUCCCUCCCGGCCCUCGAAAAGCUCUCGCUAACCGACGUACCCGACGGCUGGCCCAGUUUCUUCCAUGAUGCCACAUAUUUCCCCAAUAUCAAGAAGCUGACAAUCGACACCGACACGCAAGAGUUCAAUUACGUGUUGGAAUCAUUGAACUUGCCAUACGAUGAUAGCGAUGAGUCCUCCGAAUCCAUGCUCUGUUCGCUCGAGGGACUUCAUCUGGGUACCUUCGGAGGGGUUUCGCUGUUUGACGACCACUUAGCCGAGCAAGAGGCGGUCUUCUUCAGCAAGCUCAAAAGCGUCCGGAUCUUGCUUCUCGACCUUAGAAUGGACGAGGACCACAUAUCGAAAGUCACCAGAUACACCUACCAAUUGACUGGAGUGCACGACCCUGCCUCCACGACGUGUAUGCCCCUCCUGGAUACGGUUUUUCUCCGCGGAGUCAGACACAACCGCAAGCAAGAGAUCGAGGAUCUUGUCAAGGCAAGGAAGGAGAUGGGGGUGCCGAUACGGAGGCUUCUCAUCGACCGGCGUGCCAAUGACUGGUAUGGGUUGAAGAGAACAGGUCCGGACGUCCCAGUCUACAGUCCUUCUUUCACCACCGAGGACGUCUCCUGGCUCAAAGAUAGCGUCACAGAAGUCGCUGUUUUCGAAGAAGUACGAAUAAGAAGUUAUGAGGGGGUCGACGAGACGUU